CUUGAAAAUAUCCUUAAAAAGUUGGAUGACACUAGGGAAAUAUAUAAUUCUGUUGAGAUUAAAAGUAAAGGAGAAAAGGCAUCAAAGAAAACAGCAGAUUAUUUGUUUCACCAAAUAAGCGACGAAGAGAUGAAAAAGCAGCUCAAAGAUAAGUUGGAAAAUAACAAAGAUUGUGCUGAGCAAUUACAAUAUUUGAAAGAAAAAAGAUUUUCAUUCGAUAAGUUGUGA